GCUGACACCGAGCCGCCAGCUUGAGGGAAUUACUCAUUGCGAGAUGAUCCCGAUCAUGCAGGCGGGGAUGGUCGACAAGCGCCCCCGAAAGUCAGUUGGGCGCGAAGUGUACAUAGAUCAGGUGCACGUGGCGUGGAUGUUGUGGUCACAUCCCAGGGAAGCGUUGAGAGUGUACUGGGCGUACUGGCGAAGAAAGAAUUACAAG